AUGGCGUCUGUACCACAACGCCAUACCUAUUAUGGUGGUGAAACAGGUGGUGUUUUCGAACACAAGGCGGAUUUCAUGUUAAAUGGUGGACAGCAUCGACAAAAGAGGAAGCAUGUUACAUUUGGACCUUAUAUCUUGGGAUCUACCCUUGGUGAAGGGGAGUUUGGUCGAGUAAAAUUGGGAUGGUCUAAGAAUACGUCACCUAAUGAAGUGUCAAAACAGGUAGCUAUUAAGCUCAUUAGACGUGAUACAAUACCUAAAAAUUCGGACAAAGAGAUUAAAAUAUACAGGGAAAUCAAUGCGCUAAAGCAUUUAUCGCAUCCCAACAUUGUGAAAUUAGAGGAAGUGCUACAAAAUUCCAAGUAUAUUGGAAUAGUACUGGAAUAUGCAUCCGGUGGUGAGUUCUACAAAUACAUUCAAAAGAAGCGAAGGUUAAAAGAAGCUGUUGCCUGUCGGCUGUUUGCACAAUUGAUCAGCGGAGUUCAGUACAUGCAUUCGAAAGGUCUUGUCCAUAGAGAUUUGAAGUUAGAGAACCUUUUACUAGAUAAACAUGAGAAUUUGGUCAUUACAGAUUUCGGAUUUGUCAAUGAAUUUUUCGCCCACAGUGAGUUGAUGAAGACAUCGUGCGGAUCACCGUGUUACGCGGCGCCAGAAUUGGUGGUUAGCUCGAAACCCUACGAAGCUAGGAAAGCUGAUAUAUGGUCAUGCGGUGUUAUUCUUUACGCUAUGCUUGCUGGUUACCUUCCUUGGGACGAUGAUACCAAAAAUCCAGAUGGCAAUGACAUUGGGAAACUGUAUCAAUACAUUACAAGAACACCGCUCAAGUUCCCUGAAUACAUUACACCUUUACCAAGAGAUCUAUUGCGUCGUAUUCUGUAUCCAGAUCCGAAGAGGAGAAUAUCGAUGAGAAGUAUUCAGAAGCAUGAAUGGGUUAAACCACACAUUCCAUUUUUAUCGAUAACACCGGAAGAAUGGGAUAAGACGAUGCUUUCAAAUGAAGUGUUUAGGCCGCCAAGGAUGAAGCCAUCUUCAAGACCACGUUCCAACUGCUCAACGUCAUCAACUGGUUCGAAGAGCGAUAAGAGAGAUUCACUUAUCAUCGAUUCCACGCUGGUUAAUUUACCAGCACCACCACAGGAAUCACAAUCACACGUCAUCACCAAACCAUCACCUCCAUCGCCGGAGCUACGACGCUCACCUAUAAGAGGAAUGAACAGGCAUAGUAGAAGUAACUCUGCUGCAUCCAUCGCAUUACAGGCAGUCGUUGACGCCGAAAGAGAACAUACUUCACAGCAGGAGUCCCAUGCACCCAUUCCAAAGAAAAAUUAUCCAUAUAACAAUAGAAAUCCACCAGCAUUCUUGGUCCACAGAUCAAAUACUCAUUCAGGUACAAGCGGUAGUAAUACAUCAUUGAUGAACAAAGAUAGCAUUAUCAUUGAAACAAGUCCUGCUAAAGGCAGUUCAACACUUGUUGUUCCUAACGAAGUCCAUGUACCACUUUCCAUUUCUCCUGUUAAUAAGACUACUCAAGGUAGUAAGUUAAAGAUAAGUCAUAACGCUUCAAGUGGUGCUGGUCAAUACCAGCACUCAGCGGCUCAACACAGGAAACCAAGACCAACGUCGUACCAUCCAGGUUCUAACGUGUCAGUGGCGGAUCCUCAAGCAGCAUACUCUGCAUUGGCGACAGCGAGGGAACCAUCGAGCCAUGGAACCGCUGCAUCACCAUUUGACUCUACUCCGAAUUUAGCCGCGGAUUCACCGACAUAUGCAUCGCCUGCAGAUCAUUCACCAAAGAUGUUGCCGCGUAGAUCAUUCUCAAUGAGUAAACCAUCGAUCGAGUUGCAAAGUGUUACCGGUGACUUAAUCAAAUCUCCCGAAAGAGAUCACGUAACAAGGCGAAUUAAUGAACAAGUAGAAGACGCCGAGAGACAAAGACGGCAAAGUGUAAGAUUAAGUGGUGUAGCUGUGGAGAAAGUAUGCAGUCCAGUAACAGAAGUGGCUGAAGAGAAUUUGUUCAAUCAUAAGGAGAAGGAUUCUACACUAAGAAGACCAGGAGUUGAUAGGAAAGCAGAUAACAGGAAAAGAUUCAGUUUCUUAUCAUUUUACUCUGCAUAUAACACUUCAAGAUCUAGCUUGGAGACUGACGACUCAAAGACAUUAUCAUCAUCGGGUCCAACUAGACAAGUUUCAUCAAGUAAGCAAUCAUCAGGACUAUCUACAGUGACUUCCGAAAGAGAUUCUACGCCAAGACGUGAGACUCCCCAUCGACAAUCGGUAAUGAUCUCAGAAACUUCCAACGUGCGACCACAAGGUGAUCCAUCCACUGCAAAGAAAGUGAUUGAUUUUUUCAAGAGAAGAAGCAUGAGGAUUUAA